AGAGGGGGCAUAAGAGAGGCAGCUCUGGAUCCAGGUUGGCCCCAGAGCUGGGAAGCACAACAGGAGAAGGAAAGGCAGGAUGCUCUCCUUGUCCAUGCUGGUGCAGUGAAACAGGAAGGCAAGUAGGAAGCUAAUACUUAUGCUCGGACCCCUGCCUCGGGGGCUCUGGGCAAGGCGGCGCAUUCUCAUUUGUAGGCUCUGCAGUCCUCACACCAGCCCUGCGGGGUGGGAAGAUGCCUCGUGCUGCUCGGGCGGGAGGGAGAGGACCCCUCUCCGUGGGUCUCUCACCAUUCCUUGCCCCCGCUGCUCUUAGGCCGUGCUGGGCGAGGAGGGUUUAGGACGUGCCCAUGGGGCGGGGGCGGGGGCUGGACCGGACGAGGGCCUGUUGGGUGCAAGGUGCACACCUGACACCCAGACUACGGCAGGGAGAAAGGAAGGCCGCUAUCCUCUUUGAUUCAGUCCUAGCCAUCAAAAGCUUACAGGCAGGUGGGGAGACAAGAUAUACAAGUAAAAAGGGAAAUAAUAGUCGAAUGCGAUAUGUGACCAGUUCCAAAGGAGGGGCAGCUGAUUAAGGAGUUUGUCCAUCCAUUCAAGAAACAGGCACCGAGGAUAUAGAGAUUUAUUCAUCGAAUCAAACAGUAUUUAUUGGGUGCCUGUCGCUUGCUAGGUACUGUUCUAGGUGAUGGGAUAGUGAGCAGUAGGCAAAACCAAGUCCCUGCCCUUGGAGCUUAAUUCAGAUUUGGUACCUGCCUGGGCGGUGCUUUCAGGGCACAGAGCAGCCAGUGUGAUGGAAAUCCAGAAGAGGGCUUGACCCAGCAGGGCACUGGGCUGGGUCCAGGAAAGAGGGAAGACUCCAGCUGGGCUUGGAAGUCAGGGUAGGAUCUGGAAAAGUAGACUCGAGGGAGGAGGACGGCACCAGCAGGGGGACGUGUGAGCUAAAGCUCAGAGGUACGUGGGCUGUGACUGGACAGGAGCAGACGGCUGAGGCAGGGGGUCCGUGUGCAGAUGUGGGAGGCAAAGCUGACAGAAGCCGGCUUAGCAUCAGACCGUGGAGACCCCCAAAUGCUGAGUCACCCUGAGAGGCGUUGCCAGGGCUGCAGGCAGAGCCCCUCCCAUGUUCCCAGCAGCCUUCUGCUCUGGAGGCCGGGGCACUGCUGGGAGAGAGGGAGGGGGCCGCUCCCAGUCUGUAUGGCUGAAGUCUGGGUGGCCUGCCCUGGGUGCCCUGAGGGCCCCCUUGCAUCACCAGGGGAGUCACCCCGGAAAGCCAGGACACCUGACGUGGGAAGACUGAGACCUUUCCUGGGGCGGGAGUGCAGUGGCAUCAGAGGCCCAGAUGGAACCAGAAUGAGAAUUUGGGGUCCCUGGGUGGACACAUGAACAAGACGUGGGAACAUCAAAGCAGUGCAUUGCCUGCUCUUGGCCAUAUCGGGUGCCCAGACACCCGCUCCGGUCUCUUGACAUCCAGAGAGUCGUGAGGGCAUCUCCCUCCUCUGCUCCUCUCUUGUGUCCAUCUCACGGUCAGAGAAUGUGAGAACAGACACCGCUUAGUGACCACCUACUGCAAGCCCCUCUGCCUUUGCCCAGUGAGAGACCCCUCUGCGGGUGGGGCAGGGGAGGUGACUUCCUGGAAGUCAAUGGGAAGACGGAGACGGAGCACUGGCCUCAGCAGGACGGAGCCCGAGCUCACUGUGCCCCGAGCUGGGUGGCCUUGGCCAGGUCCCUUCACCUGCGCCUCAGUUUCCUCACGUGGGAAUAGUAAUAACUACCUCCCAGGGCCUACAGGGGUGAUGAGGUAGAAGGGUUUGCAGCGAUUGUGCACGUGUGCUGUGGAUGUUAAGAUAAUGGUUGAGUUGGGCCCAGAUGCCGCAUUUCCUGACUCCCCAGCUGGUCUUUGCCACAGUCCUCCUCAGUCCUUCCAGUCCUUCCAGUCCUCCCGGCUCAGGCCCAGAGGACGGCCUGUGGCUGCCCCCGUCGGGGAGGCCCAGCGUUGGAUGAGCUGAAGGAGGCCUCUCCGGAAAGGCUUCCCCGCUUGUGUGCCCUGUCUGAGGGCACCUGCUCCCAGCCCCACCUGCUUCCCCUUCUCCAGGAUAACUGUCCACCUCUGAGCACCUCAGAGUGUCUCUGGCUGCUGAGCCCGGCCUGGCCCAGCAGGCGGGGCUGGCACAGGACCUGGUCUGGUGGCUGGUUAUAAAUAGCCCCUGCAUCCACAGCCUUGGCAGGGUGCUCCUGGCAUGGGUGCAGGGGACACUCAAGAAGAGGCAGCUGAGGCUGCUGAGGCCCAGAGCUGGCGUGAGGGUACCUGGGCGCAGGCUCCACGGGCAUGUGGGCUGUGCAGGCCCAGGGCGCAGGCCAGGGCUGGCUGUGGCUUUGAGGCACCUCUCCUUUAUCCUGUGGCCUAGGAUAGAGUAGGGAGGAUGGCAACUGAGAGGGCCUGGGACGCCCUUUGGGGCUGGAGGCUGAACAAAGGGGACUGCCUGUCCGAUCGCUGUGUCGGAGCGCAGCUCAUCGGAGGGCAGCUGGGCCCAAUCCUCCUUCCAGGGUGGGAAGAAGGGAAGGAGAGGCCAGGGCCCAGAAUGUAUCACUAAAGGGCCCUCAGCCCCCAAUCCUGGCCUGGAGAGGCAGCGUAUUUCGUGGAAAACUCUGUGCUUGGAGUCAGAAAGCUCGAUCCACACAGCACCAGCGAUAGACUGUGUAGUUAUAUGACCUCCUUUCUCAUGGGUGAAACAGGCUUGAGAAUAACCACCGUGCGGGACUGUGGGGAGGGUGCAGUGCGGAAGAGGUCCCUGGAGGGUGUUUUACCAUCGUCAAGUGAAUCUGAAGGAGGCUGAUGAGGUAACCGUGCACCUGCAGAGCCUUCCGGCCGACCCUGCCCUCUCUGUGUGCUCAGGCUGCCCCAGGCCCUGCGCAGACACGCCAGGCCCUCAGCCCCAGCCCAUGGACCUGCGGGUGGGCCAGCGGCCCCCGGUGGAGCCCCCGCCGGAGCCCACGCUGCUGGCCCUGCAGCACCCCCAGCGCCUGCACCACCACCUCUUCCUGGCUGGCCUGCAGACCCAGCGCUCGGCGGAGACCAUGAGGGUAAAGAUAGAGCUCCCCACGCACGCAGCGGCCUCGAGCUCAGACCUGGCACCCCUCCCUCCCUUCAGCCUCCCCAGACCCUCGCCUCCGUCUCCAACUCCUCGCCCCUCCCUGGGCGGCCGGCCCUCCCCACAGCUCUCAAUGGACACGCCGUUGCCCGAGUUGCAGGUGGGGCAGCAGGAGCAGGAGCUGCGGCAGCUUCUCAAUAAGGACAAGAGCAAGCGCAGUGCCGUAGCCAGCAGUGUGGUCAAGCAGAAGCUGGCAGAGGUGAUUCUGAAGAAACAGCAGGCAGCCUUAGAGAGGACGGUCCAUCCCAAUAGCCCCAGCGUUCCCUACAGAACUCUUGAGCCCUUGGAGACGGAAGGAGCUGCCCGUUCCAUGCUCAGCAGCUUCCUGCCUCCUGUACCCAGCCUGCCGAGCGACCCCCCAGAACACUUCCCUCUGCGUAAGACAGUCUCUGAGCCCAACCUGAAGCUGCGCUACAAGCCCAAAAAGUCCCUGGAGCGGAGGAAGAACCCGCUGCUGCGGAAGGAGAGCGCCCCGCCCAGCCUCCGGCGGCGGCCGGCAGAGACCCUCGGCGACUCCUCCCCCAGUAGUAGCAGCACGCCGGCGUCAGGGUGCAGCUCCCCCAAUGACAGCGAGCACGGCCCCAACCCGGUCCUGGGCUCCGAGGCGCUCUUGGGCCAGCGGCUGCGGCUGCAGGAGACCUCUCUGGCUCCGUUCGCCUUGCUGCCCACAAUCACGCUGGGGCUGCCCGCCCCUGCCAGGGCUGAUGGUGACCGCAGGACCCAUGCGACUCUGGGCCCUCGGGGACCAGUCCUGGCGAGUCCCCAUGCUCCCCUCUUCCUGCCCCAUGGCCUGGAGCCCGAGGCUGGAGGCCCCCUGCCCUCUCGCCUGCAGCCCAUUCUCCUCCUGGAUCCUUCGGUCUCUCACGCCCCCCUGCUGACUGUGCCUGGGCUUGGGCCCCUGCCCUUCCACUUUGCCCAGUCCUUACUGACCACCGAGCGGCCCUCCGGGUCAGGCCUCCACCGGCCGCUGAGCCGGACCCGCUCAGAGCCCCUGCCCCCAAGCGCCACUGCCCCCCCACUGCUGGGCCCCCUGCAGCCCCGCCUGGAGCGGCUCAAACCUCAUGUCCAGCUGAUCAAGAGGCCAGCCAAGCCGAGUGAGAAGCCCCGACUGCAGCAGAUACCCUCGGCUGAGGACCUCGAGACAGAUGGCGGGGGCGUGGGGCCGCUGGGGGAUGACGGCCUGGAGCACAGGGAGGCCAGCCAUGGGCAGCAUGAGGCCCGAGGCCCUGUUCCUCUCCAGCAGCACCAGCAGGUGUACCUCUGGGAGCAGCAGCGACUGGCUGGGCGGCUCCCCCGGGGAGCCACUGGGGACUCCGUGCUGCCUCCCCUGGCCCAGGGCGGUCACCGGCCUCUGUCCAGGGCUCAGUCUUCCCCAGCCGCGCCUGCCUCCCUGCCAACCCCAGAGCCCACCAGCCAGGCCCGUGUCCUGCCCAGCUCAGAGACCCCUGCCCGGACCCUGCCCUUCACCACAGGGCUGGUCUAUGACUCAGUAAUGCUGAAGCACCAGUGCUCCUGUGGAGACAACAGCCGGCACCCGGAGCACGCGGGCCGCAUCCAGAGCAUCUGGUCCCGGCUGCUGGAGCGGGGGCUCCGGAGCCAGUGCGAGUCUCUACGGGGCCGGAAGGCCUCCCUGGAGGAGCUGCAGUCAGUGCACUCGGAGCGGCACGUGCUCCUCUACGGCACCAACCCGCUCAGCCGCCUCAAACUGGACAAUGGGAAGCUGGCAGGGCUCCUGGCACAGCGGAUGUUCGUGAUGCUGCCCUGCGGUGGCGUUGGGGUGGAUACCGACACCAUCUGGAACGAGCUGCACUCCUCCAACGCGGCCCGCUGGGCUGCCGGCAGCGUCACUGACCUCGCCUUCAAAGUGGCUUCCCGAGAGCUAAAGAACGGUUUUGCUGUGGUUCGGCCCCCAGGACACCAUGCAGACCAUUCCACAGCCAUGGGCUUCUGCUUCUUCAACUCAGUGGCCAUCGCCUGCCGGCAGCUGCAACAACAGGGCAAGGCCAGCAAGAUCCUCAUUGUGGACUGGGACGUUCACCAUGGCAACGGCACACAGCAGACCUUCUACCAGGACCCCAGCGUGCUCUACAUCUCCCUUCAUCGCCACGACGAUGGCAACUUCUUCCCAGGCAGUGGGGCUGUGGAUGAGGUGGGAGCUGGCAGCGGUGAGGGCUUCAACGUCAAUGUGGCCUGGGCUGGAGGUCUGGACCCCCCAGUGGGGGAUCCUGAGUACCUGGCCGCCUUCAGGAUAGUCGUGAUGCCCAUCGCCCGGGAGUUCUCUCCGGACCUGGUCCUGGUGUCAGCUGGGUUUGAUGCUGCCGAGGGUCACCCACCCCCACUGGGCGGCUACCAUGUUUCCGCCAAAUGUUUUGGGUACAUGACGCAGCAGCUGAUGAGCCUGGCGGGAGGUGCGGUGGUGCUGGCCUUGGAGGGUGGCCACGAUCUCACAGCCAUCUGUGACGCCUCUGAGGCCUGUGUGGCUGCUCUUCUAGGCAACAAGGUGGAUCCCCUCUCAGAAGAAGGCUGGAAACAGAAACCCAACCUCAAUGCCAUCCGCUCUCUGGAAGCUGUGAUCCGGGUGCACAGUGAAUACUGGGGCUGCAUGCAGCGCCUGGCCUCCUGUCCAGACUCCUGGGUGCCCAGGGUGCCAGGGGCCGAUGCAGAAGUGGAGGCAGUAACUGCACUGGCAUCCCUCUCCGUGGGCAUCCUGACUGAAGAGCGGACCUCAGAGCAGCUGGUGGAGGAGGAAGAACCCAUGAAUCUUUAGGCUACAGGACGGCUCUGCCCCCUGCCGCGCCCCGCCCCGCCCUGCCCUUCGGACCUGGUUCUCUUCCAACCUCUGGCAACAGUACCCGUUCCCGGGGUCUUCAGAGAUCCUUCGGGCAGGUAGUCGGGGCCAGAGAGCAGCCUCUUGACAGUCACCCCAAGGAGCCUGGGAAGGCCCCUGGGUCUAGCAUAGGGACCAAAGAAGACCCUGACAGGAGGCCGGCUGCGUAGCCAGCCGGGCCCCAGUAGGGCUCUCCCCGAAGCACAGUCUACCCCUCUGGGGUCUGGGCCCCUAGCUGGGCCCCCGAUCCUCAGGCCUGCACAGAGGAGGACUGGCACAGCCGGGCCCGCUCACAACCACUAUUCCUGGUUCUGUAGACCCCCGACUUUGCACACAGCCCCAGGCUCCACACAGAAAUGUGAACUCGGCCUCCGCCAGAGUGGCCCUUCCUAGGCUCUGGGGGAGGGAGGAUGGGUAGCAGGGGCAAAGGGGUCCCAUGCCCCUGCGUGCAGGGGGAGUCCCUCCUCUCCUGCUUCCUCAGAUGACUCUGGAAGCUUCCUCCCCACCACUGGGCAGUGAGACAGACCUCCCUCUGAGAGCAGUCAUCGGCAGGCCUCCCAUCUGGUCCCUGCCCCUGCCAGAGGCCACCUGCGUCAGCCAUCUCAGGGCUCUGGUGCAGCAGACAGGUGCUCCUGGAGUUCUUUGCUUCCUGAUCCAAUGGUGCCAAACCCCUCAUCUCCCCUCAGAAGCACAGCAUGACCCCCAGGGACCCCUCAGUAGUCACCACCCCCCUCCGUGAGCCUUCUCUUUCUGGGGUCUCCCCCACCCCAGCUGACUCCUGCCCUACAUAGGACUAGCUUGGCUGACGGGAAGGGGGGUGGGAGAGUGAAUGGAAGACGUGGGGGAGGGGAGGCUGCCCUGGCAAAGACUUCGAGGCUUCUGGGGUCCAGGCCUGGGGCCAAGAAGGAAAGUAUUUGUGUGUGUGUGUGUGUGUGUGUGUGUGUGUGUGAGAGAGAGAGAGAGAGAGACAGAGACGGUAAGAGGAGGGUUUGUAUGUGUGUGCACAUGAGUGUGUCUUCCCGAGGACCACCAUGCCCUGUGUAUGUAUGCAUGUUUUUGUAAAAAAGAAAAAAAAAAUGGAAAAAAAAUCUGAACAAUAAAUGUUUUAUUUGCUUUAAAGGUUCAUGUGAAAGGGCCUCCGGGGGUUGAGGGGUGGGCAGCGAGCCUACAGCUACACAGCACAGCCUGUGCCUGAUUCACUGUGGAAGAGAAGGGACAGGUUGGGCUGUGGGGCAGCCCUCCUCCAGCGCCUUGGCCUUCUGUGGCCGCUGCCUUGCGGGAAGAAUCUAUUCUGAACACACCCUGGCUGCCCGCGCCUGCCCCACCUCUGGGUAGUGAAGAGGCGGCAGCUCUGGGCUGAGUCCGUAGACAGAGGGCCCGUAAGGGCGUGGGGAACAUGGAUGCCUGCAGACCCGGCUCGCUAAGGCUCCCCUAAAGAGUCCUGAAUCAGACCUACCUGGGUUCAAGUCCCAGCUGGGAGCUCAGGUAAGUCACGUCACCUCCUGGGGCCUCUGUUUAUCAGUUAAAGGUUCCCGAAAUAGACACUGUUCGGUUCCUUCCUGCUCUAAUGUACCAUGACUUCUUCAGCAUCUGCUGAGCCUAGAAGGGAAGAACGGGCGAGACAGCAGGCCUGGGCGAGCUCAUCCAGUGGCGCCUGUCUUUAUGGUUCCGAGGCGGCCAGGCUUCUUCAGCCAGCAGAAGGAGCGGCCUCAUCACCUCCGACCUGGGCCCAAGCCCUCACAGCCUGGAGAAUACGAGGGGAAGCAUGUUCAUCCCCUUCCCAUCUGUCCUGGCCUCUUGGGGCGAUAGGCACUCAAUCCCACAGACGUUGCUGAGACUGUGCCCCGGGGCAUCCUCGCCCUGGCUGGGGGGUUUGCUGAGGGGGCUGGAGGAAGAGAGCUGAACUGUGGGUUCCCCCAUGCCAAGUGGGACCAGAGGGAGAGGGUCCCCUCUGAGCUAAGGAAAUGGCUUGAUGAGAUGACUGGAGACCCCCAUUCCCACCCACCGCUCCCACAGUCCACCCCAUAAGAAAGCACCAGAGGCUAGCUGAUACAAAUGGCUGCUGUAUUUCUGCUAAAGUGACAGUGACACAGAUAAGGCAAAGAGCUGAGGGGCAGGACACAUCAGGUGGGAAAGGGGUAGACCGUGCAAAAUGACAACCUAAGACAAAAAGAUGGAUGGAGCCCUUCCCUUCCGAGUUAGGUGAGCCCUUGGGCCAGUGUAUAGGCAGUAAAGCAGAUUUUGUCCUUCAGAAGGGAGAUUUUAAAAGAGAAAAGCUCUGGGUGAAGGGCAGGGGCAGGAGUGGGGGAGGCAUCUCGGGGCCAGGGGCAAUCUGGGUGCCAUGAGGGGCAGGCAUGAGAAGGCCAAAUGGAAAUGCUGGGCUGGAGGUGCCUGGCACAGGUUUGAGGGUUCCUUCUAGCCCACCCCGUGCUGCCCCCUUCCCCAAAGCCCUUCGGGGGGCAGAAGCACCUUCCCCAAGACCCUUAGUCUGGCCUCAUUUGGGGCGUCCUGCUCUGGGGUGUGUGGGGAAGGGGAGGACGGCUCUAGCAUACUCAUGGGAACCACCUCUGCGAGGAACAGGGUGGGUGGAGAGAGGGACACUGAACUCCCCUCGGGUCCCCAGGCCUUGGGAAAAGAGAACCAAGUGUUACCAUCCCUGGGACCAAUGAGUUCAGCUACCUGACUCUUGGGGGACAACAAGAUGCGGGUGCUGGGGUAAGGGGCUGAGAAGUCUCUACUAGAGAUCCCUUACCUGACCUCACCUCCCCAGGGUCCCGUCCCACCUGAGGGAGAGUGUCUAGGGCAGCAGGGAGCCCUGCCCCCAGGCACAGGUCAAGGCCGCACUGCCCUACCCCUUGCCUGUUGCCCUGGCCCUACUUAGAAAGAUUGCCCACUGAGUGCUAAGAAAAUAGAUGCACUUGAAAAGGUCUAAAGCUGCCCUCCAGUCACGCUGAUGAGCAACAUGGCAGGACCCCUUUCCACGGCACCCAGGGUUCCCCCCAAGGGGACAGGACAGCUCCCAGGGAGACCACCGUCCUCCUGCUGUAUACUUUCUGCCCCGGUUCUGGGGUUCCCAGGGGGUGUACAGGCCCGCCUGAUGUCUCAGAGGCUGAGUCCAGGUCCUGAGGACCACCAGGGUGCGGAGACCUCAUCGCUCAGGUCAGAAAUCGCUGAGGAUGCUGAUGUCGGCAAAGUCAGCCCGGUAGCGGUGGGCAUAGAGGCUGAGCAGGAAGGCCCACUUGAAGGAGAUGAAGCUCCACACGCAGGAGAGGUAGUAGCUGUUGGGGUCUGUGAGGCCUGCAGGGGAGAGGAACCCAACCGUGACUUGAGAGGACCUUGCCCUUGACCCUAGCCACCAUGCCACAAGCCCCGGGCCAUCCUUCCCCACAACCUCCAACAGAGGCUGAACUGAGCCAGUGGAGAGAUCAGGUGUGAUAGAGGUUUCAGAGCAUUCAGAGUUUGCAGGCAGGGAGCAGUGGGGAUGAGGGUUGGCUAAGCACAGGGCUGUACCAUCCGCUCUGCUUCUGUGACACUGACCCUAGGCCACUGCCUUCCAAUGUGCUUCAGCAUCAGAGCGGGCAGGAAGAGCCUCUGGCUACUUGCAGACUGCAGCCACCAGGGGGCGCUCCCAUACCCUCCGCUGGAGGCUAAAAAGGGCGGCUAACCACACACUCCUGGGUGCUGAAUGCAGCACACACUUCCCACGCGUUUCAUUGAUCCCUUCCAACCCAGGGGCGGGGAUAGGGGGCGUCCAUUCUCCCCACUUUUACAACGAGAAAACUCGGGCACAGGGAGGUUAAGUGGUCUGUCCAGUCCCUUGGACGUAAGUGUUGAACCCAGGACAGGAAUCCCGGGCCUCCGGAGUGCUCCACCCACCGGCCCUCCCACGCCCUCCCUUUGUGGAGGCCCUUACUCUGGUGUCCGGUGACGGCCAGCACAAGGAAGGUGCAGAAAGUGGCGACAGAGACGGCCGAGAAGAGGACGCCCACGAAGAAGAAGCCACGCAGCCCCUUGAGCCACGUCCUCCAGUAAUCCUGCAUGUACAUCACGUGCGUCACCAGGACCCACAGCGCUAGCACACCUGCCGGGAGAGACGGCUCAGGCAGCGCCCCUCCCCUCACCUGCCGACCCCCCAGAGCCCUGCAGGUCCCCCAGGCCAGGCUCUUCGCAUAAUAACAGUAGUGUUGGCCUUUUCACUCUCCCGGUAAAGUGGAGUUUGCUGGAGGCCGCGUGGCCUGUGAUACGAAGAGGAUGUGAACGCAAAAGCAGCUAGGAGAAUCUGGCUGCCUUUCACUAAGCCACACAUUAACGAGAUCUGCAAAAAAUAUAAAACCAUGUCAUUCUUCUCCCUC